AUGGCAUCUCUUCUGAACUCUGAAAUUCACAUCUUCCUGUUAACUUCGUGGCUAACCCAGCAGGUGACCACAGAGCCCAUCAUACUAGACAUGGCUUCCACUGUAUUUGAUGAUCAGUAUGAGGGCUGUGUCAAAGAAAUGGAGCAAAAGGCACUCCAGAUGUUAAAAGAAGACUUCAACAUGAGUGAAACAUUCAAAGCUGCUUGGGAAGAGGCAGAGAAACACUGGAAGAUGAAAGCAGGGAGCUAUCCCAGCGGUUUCAAUGAUUUCCAUGGGACAGCUCUAGUGGCCUACACUAUGGAAGCCAUUUUCACAGAUUUUAACAAUGCAACAAGAAAAUUCACAAUUAAUUCUAGCCACUGUUAUUAUUACAGGGCCUUCCAUUAUUACUUAACAAGAGCUCUUCAGCUUCUAAGUAAUCCAAAUUGCUACACAGUUUUUAGAGGCACUCAAAUAAAAUUUGGUUACAGUGGGAAGGGUAGUGUACGAUUUGGGCAGUUUACUUCAACAUCUUUGAGUAAAAGCGAAGCUGAACGUUUUCUAAAACAUGGUGGAACGUUGUUUGUUAUUGACACCUGUUUGGGUGUUGAAAUCAAAGAGUUCUCAAAGUUCCCUGAUGAAGAAGAAGUGUUAAUUCCGGGAUAUGAGGUGUAUCACAGAGUCUUCACAUCACCAACUAAAGAAAUACCACUUACAAAGUACAACACAAUUUAUCUUAAGUCUCCCCAAAGAGAGAACAGCACCUACAAUUGCUACUAUUAUAACAAACUCAAGAGCAGCUCAGGAACCCUAGGAAUCCCUGUGCUGCUCCUGCUGCUACUGCUGCCUGGUCUCCUGGUCCAGCUGCUUUUUCCAGAUGAGUUAUAG